AUGAGCAACAUAAUGAGCAACUACAAGAGGUAUAACCCAGACUUUCUUUGGCAUCGUAAGCAGGAAACUUCAUCAUCACUUCGCCAUCAAAUUAAGUUUGAGGGCAAUCAUGAUGAUGAACCUUCCAUGGGAUCUUUGAAGCACAAGAGCAGCCAGAUUCCGUGCGACCCAUGCCAAACUUCAGUUCGCAAUUUUAAGGCCGCCGCUGUCAUACCACUUUUAUACUUAUUUAAACUGCUCAGAAAUACUGUCUGCUUCAUACUUCUCAAUCUAAUGCUAGGUCGCAAGUUAAUGGGAGCAUCAAUAUGGUUGAUUUAUCACUUGUUUGGCCAGACUGCAGUAGGCCCCUCCUUCGGGACACUGACCGUCCUUGACAACCGCACAAAGCGACAGUACCAAGUCCAGAUCAAGAACAAUACCAUUGAAGCUUCUCAACUCAGGAAUAUAACUGCUUCCCAAGGUGAUGCCAAUCUCGUCGAUAGUUUACAUUCUGGAUUACGUAUUCUUGACCCCGGCUAUCUCAACACCGCAUGUAUCGAGUCCAGAAUCACAUUCGUUGACGGGAGCCGAGGGUAUAAACAAUAUCGCGAACACUCCAUUGAGUAUCUCGUUGAAAAGCACGACUACGAAGAAGUAAUAUACCUUCUUAUUUGGGGUCAUCUCCCUACGGCACUACAAAAAAAAGACUUCCAGCGCGCUAUUGCUGAACGCUGUAUUCCUCCACAGCAUGUCGUUCAAACAAUCGCUUCUUUCCCCAGAGACUCUCUGACCAGCACAAUUUUGGUUGCUGGAAUAGCUGCUUACGCAAGUCAUGACGAGGGUGCCGUUCUUGCAACCAAAUCUAGACGCCCAGCUUUCUCAGGACAGCUUGAGAAGGUCGACAAUGCCGUCAUAAAUUGCAUAUCAGCCCUUGCUACAGUUGUUGCACUCGUCUACUGUCACAAGCGCAACAAGGCAUUCACACCUGCCAACUCCGAAGAUUCCUUGAUUGGCAAUGCUGUACGAAUGAUGGGCUUCCACAGGGACGGCGAGGACACCGAACCAAACCCUGAGAUUGUCAAGUGCUUCGAAAAGUUGUGGAUACUCUACGCCGAUCACGAAAUGACCAACUCGACUGUUGCCUUCCUACACGCCGCAUCUACCCUGACUGAUCCGCUGUCGUGCUGCGUCUCUGGCAUUGUCUCCGCCUACGGCCCGCUCCACGGUGGAGCAAUCGAUCUCGCAUACAAAACUUUUGAAGAUCUUCAGUCCCCUGACAAUGUGCCAGCCUUGAUUUCCGACGUCAAGAGCAAGAAACAACGCCUUUUCGGCUAUGGUCAUCGUAUAUACAAGGCGAUUGACCCCCGUGUCAAACUGAUUCGCGCCCUGAUGGACCAGCACAAGGACAAAGUUGAAUCAAAUCCUCUGCUUUCAGUUGCGAUGGAGAUUGAUCGCGUGGCAAACGCUGAAGAGUAUUUCACUAGCCGUGCACUGAAGGCCAACGCCGACCUGUAUGGCUGCUUCCUAUACACGGCUCUCGGCUUCGAAACAGACAUAAUAGUCGCCAUGGCUUGUUUGUCCCGCACUCCGGGUGUAUUAGCUCACUGGCGGGAGAUGAUGUUAGAAAAGAGCCCUUUGCUCUGGCGGCCACAGCAAGUAUUUACCGGCAAAAGGAGUACGGAACACGAACAAGUAAAUGAUUCUGACUGA